UGAUCGCCUGGAACUGGCAGCAUGCGGAGGUGAAAGCGGAUCUCUCAUAACCGAUCGAGGUUUACACCCUUGACGGUAUAUUUUUAAAACCUCGGGAUCAGUAUUUUUUUUCUUUAAACAUUACAUUAGUGAUAUCUUCAGAAGCCACCACGCCAUGCAUUCGAGCAGAGGAUUAUCACGAAGGAAUUGCCCCGAAUCCCUGAGCUGCAGCUGGGGCACCGAGCUCUGGGAUCAGUUUGAUAACUUGGAGAAGCACACACAGUGGGGCAUCGAGUUUGUGGAGCGCUACACCAAGUUUGUCAAGGAGAGAUCCGAAAUCGAGCUGAGCUAUGCCAAGCAAAUAAGAAAUCUCUCUAAGAAAUAUCAGCCCAAGAAGAACUCCAGAGAAGAGGACGAAUACAAGUACACCUCAUGCAGAGCGUUUUUGAUGACACUGAACGAGCUGAACGACUACGCCGGGCAGCACGAGGUCAUCGCAGAGAACCUCUCGACACAGAUCAUCUCGGAGCUGGUGCGCUACAUCCAGGAGCUGAAAGCGGAACGGAAAGCGCAUUUCCACGAUGGCCGCAGAGCUCAGCAGCACAUUGAGAACUCCUGGAAACAACUGGAGUCGAGUAAACGUCGGUUUGAGAGAGACUGCAAAGAAGCCGACCGUGCCCAGCAUUAUUUUGACAAGAUGGAUGCUGACAUUAACGUGACCAAGGCUGAUGUGGAGAAGCGGUGUUCACUCAAGGCUAAACAGCAGGCUCAAAUAAGGCAUCAAAUAGCUGAUGACAGUAAGAACGAAUAUCUGUCCUACCUGCAGAAGUUUAAUAAAGACCAACAUGAGCACUACUACACCCUCAUCCCUCACAUCUUUCAAAGGAUCCAGGAGAUGGAGGAGAGACGGAUUGAGAGACUAGGAGAAAGCAUGAGGUGCUAUUCCGAGGUAGAGCGCAAAGUGCUACCCAUUGUUAAUAAGUGUCUGGAUGGCAUGACCAAGGCAGCUGAGUCCAUCGAGCCCAAAAUGGACACCAAGCAGGUGGUAGAGACGUACAAGUCAGGCUUUGAGCCUCCAGGUGACGUAGAGUUCGAGGACUACAGUGUUUCCAUGAAGAGAGCCGUGUCUGAGUCCAGCUUCCUGAACGCACGUGGAGAGAGUCGGCGCAGAAGCCGGAGCAGGCUGUGGCCUUUAAUUAAGAGGAAUAAGCUUAUGUCAUUGCUAGCGUCACCCCGUCAGCCCCCUCCACCUCCCCCCACAUCGCCCUCUCCAGAAGGCCUGGCCAACGGGCCGCACUCGCCUCCGCACAGCAAGGAGCCGCUCGGACAGCGCCUCAAUGACUUCAUGAGCUCCAAACACAAGAUGCAGUGCCUGAGGAGCCUCAAGCGUGGGCUCUCCCUAAAGCUGGUAAGUGGAACAAUCCAGGAGGACUACAGUCAUUUACCCCCAGAGCAAAGGCGAAAGAAACUGCAGGCCAAGCUUAAUGACAUAAGCAAAGAUAUCCAGAAAGAGAUGGAUCAGAGGGACGCGCUGAAUAAAAUGAAGGAAGUGUACAUUAAGAACCCUCACAUGGGUGACCCCAACAGUGUGGACCCACGUUUAGAGGAGGUGCGGCAGAGCAUCGAAAAGCUGCAGCUCGAGGCACAUAAAUAUGAGACCUGGCUAACAGACCUGGAGAGGAAGCUGCUGGAGAAGGACAGCACCCUGAGGAGACAAAGCGCCCCUUUUGAUUCGCAGGGCAACCCGGCCAACGUUGCUAACAGCUGUGCCCAGAACAGGGAGAGUCCGGACGGCAGCUAUACGGAGGACCCCAGCACGGAGACGGUGCAGUUCAAGUCCCGCAGCACCGAGUUCGAUGAUGAGUUUGAUGAUGAAGAACCUUUACCCACAAUAGGAACCUGCAAGGCUCUCUACCCUUUCGAAGGCCAGAACGAGGGCACCAUCCCGAUGGUGGAAGGCGAGAUGCUGUACGUAAUCGAAGAGGACAAAGGAGACGGCUGGACUCGAGUGCGUAGGAACGAGGACGAAGAGGGAUACGUGCCCACGUCCUACAUCAAGCUCUGCUUCGACGCCAACUCCAAAGAUCCCUAAAAGCGUUUGGCUGGCACAGGAGUGGCAGGGCAAGCGUCCUUGCGUGAAACAUCCCUCUUCUUUAAUGCGUAGUCAGAGAGGUGCUGUGUGAGGCCGUCUGACAGGCCGAUCCUUUUUUAACACAAACUCUGAAUCUCCUCUUCUUCGGGCCAGAGGCUCGGAAAUAAUGUCUGAGAUCUUAUUUUAUUAUUUUUUUUGCUUGUUUUUUUGUUUUCUUUUAAAUGACUCGUGUGCUAAUGAUUUGCAGAGCUUGCUUCUCGUGUGAGCCUAGCCUUUUCCGCCUUGUGCAGUAGCUGCUUGCUGUCGGACCAGAGGUCUAAACUCUGUCCCUGAGAAUCAGAUACAGGACCGCGAUGUGCUUCUAGUCAAGCCGGCCAAGCUUUUCAUAAUAGUCCUGAUCUAGUAGCUGCUGUCUUUCUCUGGCUUCAAAAGGUUCUUGAAGAUCCCUAGGGAAACUACUUUCAUGGACUUUUUUUAAAAAUGUUAGGGCGGGUUAUGUGGGCGGGAAAGGUGCUCGAGUUUGUUUUUUUCUAGAGGUAUAUCAUAUACAAUGAUUCAAUAUGGUGUUUUUUGUGACCAAAUCUGAAAGUGAAGUUGUUGAAGCAGGCAGCUUUAGUGUUGCAGUCCUUCAGUCGGUGACUCUUUCUUCACGGAGACGAAAGCAGUACCGCCUCACUCACUCGCUUACCCGCUCAUGUUCACUUUCUUCCUUGUUAUAUGUGUAUACAUCACAUUUCCUCUCUUUCUCUCGCUUUGAUCUUUCUCUCUCGCACUGAUAGCGUUUUUGCACUGGACACUGUGGUACCGUAUGCAGCAGUACAGGUACUAAUCUAAAUCCAAACCUACUGGUUGAGUAAACUGGAUUAGUGUUAGGUAGUGUUAAAUAGCAGAACACUAGCCCUAAAACUAUGAGUAGGACAGAUAAAGUAGGAAUUUCUGUAUGGUUUCAGUCAAUUUGUUGUAGGCAUGUCGUGAAUAAUAAAAGACUUGAGGGCAUGCUCUCCGAGGAACACGUCCCGCGUAAUAACACGUCCUGCAAAUAAUAAAAUAAUUUUGAUGUCACUGUAAAUGGAAAGUCGUCUUAAUAACUGUUACCAAGCCCUGACACUGGAGACUCCUUCUGUAAAUAACAUUAUCAGAAUCAUGGAUCAUGCAUUGAAGAAAAUUGGUGAAUUUGGUGAACAAAUGAAUUAAUAUAAACAUGCAAGUUGCUUUUGGUUAGCACUGUCGCCAUGCAUCUCCAGGAUUCGGGUUCGAUUCCCACCUCGUGUCUGUGUACAUGUUCUUCCCGUGCCUGGUGUGUUAUCUCCCACACAUGCGGAUUACGUUAAUUGGCGUUCCCAAAUUGCCAUUUAUUUGCUAUUUUUUUUUGGAUUUUUUGGCAUAAAAAUUCGCAUAAAUGAAUUUUUCUUUACCGUACCCCACUAUACAGUGAAAAAGCGCUAAAGUCCUUUGAAGUUUCCCGUCUCUUUCUUUCUGUCUUCCUCUUCCUGUCUUUUACGUUUCCUCACUUUAAAUCUGUUUCCUGGUCAAGUUCUUUCUUUCUCUUCCUCCAUCUUUUCCUCUUUCAUUGUGUCUUUUUUUACUUUUCCUUCGUUUUGUAUCUUCUCCCCCCACCCCUCUCUCUGUGGGCUCAGUGGCUUUGGCCAUAGCCGUGUGUCGUGUAGCUGUAGUAGUGCGUUCACUCGAUGUUGAUGAUGUUCUCCAGCUGGUGCUGUGUUUCUGCGCAUGCAUGCUUGCCCCGUCUCUUUGUCUGUGCCAGUCUUAAGGGUCCAGCAAGUUCUUGCCUUCACUUCCUGAUGGGUGAACUUGCUUCUUAAGUUGUGUUCGUGCCUGUGGUUUACUUAUUUAAUUUAUUUAUUCAUUUUCUAUGGAUCUGAAAGGUUUUAUUUUUUUCGCCACCUGUGCAUGGCCACUUGCUUCAUGCUUCCUAGGUUCUUAUUUUUACUUUUUUUCUUUCUUUAUAUUUUUUUUUUACGAAAAAUCGAGAUGCUUCUUUUUGAUCAUCAUUUCGCAGUAAUUUGAGCUGAUGUUAAAAACAAAUAGUUACCUCAUUUUUGAUGGAUUUUGGGCUGCUCUUUGAAUCAGCUCUGAAUGACUAACAUUGUGGUUUAUCUCCAUUUAUAAAGAAAGAGUAAUGCAGUGCUGAGUGUGUGUGUGUGUGUGUGUGUGUGUGUGUGUGUGUAAGAGAGAGAGAGAGAGUGUGUGUGCAUUCUCAGUAUUGUGUUUUAGAUUUUCUGACUCUCUCUUUCCCUCAAGACUUUAUCAUAAACACCAGACUGCCAAGAUAUCAGAGCCUUGUAAUGUCAGUGUUGAUCCCAGCUGCUCCCUGUUUAUUAGUAAUAAUAGAGCUUAAUUCUACUUCAAUUUUCAAAACAGAACCAUUGUAAAAGGCAUCAAAUUUUUAUGUGCAAAUAAUCAAAUUAAAGGCCAUU